AUGUCAGUCAAAUUCAAUGUCGAGGUUCCGUUGGAGGAGUUGAAGGAGCCCGACACCAAUCACGGAGGAUACCAACCAUUGAAUCCACGCAGUGAAGUCCUUUCUAAAGGUACUUCUACUGCCCCAGGGAGACGCAUAUUGUCUUGUGAUAUCCUCGUUGAACAUGAUGUUUCAAUCACUGUGCGCGAUGGUUGCAAAUUAUAUGCCGACAUCUAUCGACCCUCCAAUGCUCCACCACGGUCAACUCCGGCUAUCCUCUGUUGGAGUCCUUUCGGGAAAAAGUUCAAUGGCAUUGAUUCUCUUAAACUGAUGACACCCUGGAAUCUCGGUAUUCCAGAUGGGACACUCAGUGGAUUGGAGAAGUUCGAAGCUCCCGACCCGGCGCAAUUUGUCGAUCGCGGAUACGCCAUCAUCAACGUGGAUUCUCGGGGUGCAUUCGAUUCAGAAGGUCAAAUGGCCAUUAUGGGAACUCAAGAAGCGCAAGAUGGAUACGACGUGAUUGAGUGGCUUGCUCAACAACCAUGGUGCAAUGGCAAUGUUGGGAUGGCUGGUAACUCACACCUUGCCAUCGUGCAGUGGUUCAUUGCUGCCCUGCAACCCCCAUCUUUGAAAGCCAUUGCGCCAUGGGAAGGAUGUGGAGAUCUUUAUCGGGAGCAGUUUGCCCGAGGAGGUAUCUACGGAGGAGAUCUGUUUGACCACCUUAUCGUCAAAUAUAUUCUGCGCGGUCGCAAUGGAAUCGAGAGCUUCCGAAAGAUGUUUCAGCAACACCCUCUCGCAAACGACUGGUGGAACGACAAGCGACCUGACAUGACGAAGAUCAACAUCCCUACCUACAUUACCGGAACAUGGACCAACACUAUGCACGGUAUGGGAGCGAUCCGAGGCUGGAUGGAUGUUGAUACACCUCACAAAUGGCUUCGGUGGCACCCAUACCAAGAGUGGUAUGAUAUUUAUGCGAACCAGGAAGGCCAAGAGGAGCUACUCUCUUUCUUCGACCACUAUCUGAAGGACAUUGACAAUGACUGGGAGUCGACUCCGAAAGUGCGAAUGGCCAUUUUGAAAUAUGGAGAGAAUCAGCCUUUGGAAAAUGUGAUCGAAGAGGAUUUCCCCAUUCCUCGCACAGUUUACCGAAAGGCAUAUCUCAAUGUGGAUGGGGGGUUGACUUUGGACACAGCUCCAUCAAAGACAGGUCAAAUCUCAUACAAUUCCGAAGACCCGACAGACAUGGCGAAAUUCACGUACACAUUCCUCGAGCGGACACAGCUUGUCGGUCUUCCAAAAGCAGUGCUUUACAUGCGCUGUGAAGAUCUGGAUGAUAUGGACGUAUUUAUCGUCUUGAGUAAAUUGUCUGCAUCUGGAGAGCAACUCCUCAACCUUAACAUUCCCUGGACCAAUCUUCCUGUCUCCAAAAUAUCCCAUAUUCCGGAAAAGGAGCGCACGGAGGUCAUUCUCUACCAGGGGCCGACUGGGAUUCUCCGGGCCUCUAACCGAGAAAUCGAUCCAUCACGCUCCAUGCAUCCAAAUUGGCCAUUCUACACGCAUGAAAAAGAACAGAAGGUCCAACCGGGAUCGGUGGUGCAAUUGGAGAUUGGAAUAUGGGGAAUGGGAGUAGAAUACGAGGCGGGUGAGAGUCUGCAGCUGUGCAUCAGCGGUCAUUAUCAAGGAAUAUCCAACUUCGGCACUAACGAGCAUGUUCAUAAUCGGGGAAAACACUGGGUGCAUGUGGGUGGAGAGUAUGACAGUCACCUAAUUCUUCCCUGGAUUUAA